AUGUUUCGUUCCAAACCCCCGCGUCAUUCGUCUGCCCUGUCGACAGGUCCGGACUCCGGCCGUCGCAUCCGUGCUCCAUGGCGUCGCAUCAAGUCCGGCGCCGAUUCCGUCCAGUCUUCCGUUGACCCUCCCCCAUCGUCUGCUUCUUCAGAAUCGGGAAUCCCUGUCGUCACUUCCUUUGCAGGCUCUUCCUCCGCAUCCCACGUCUCCCGUCCGCACAUGAGUCCUUUGAAGAGGCUCUCCACUCUCUUCAAGGAGGGCGAUGGAAGAUCUGAAGAAAACCUCAGAAGUCUUAAACUGCGCGUUAUCCAGGUCCGGAGACAGCCCGAUGGCUCCCCCAUCCGAUUUCAACUUGGCUUUAGAUCGAGGACUGGGUGGGAGCCCAUCAGAGCCUCCAAAUCCAAUCAAGACUGCCUCGUUGCCCUCGUUCCAUGGGGACCGGGCUCCGCGUUUAACCUUUUCGGCGCUCUCGACGGCCAUGGCAGGAAUGGCCACCAAUGCGCCAUCUUUAUCGCCGAAAAGAUGGUGUCGUACCUCGGCCGCACGUUGCAGGAAAAUACCCAUCCGGACGACAUUGCUGCCACUAUGCAUAAGGCUGUUAUGCAUGCGGAGCGCAGACUGGAAGCCCAUGCCAGCAUUGUUGAUUUUCAGCUCUCGGGUUCCACGGGAGUCUUUGUGCUUGUGAAGGGUACCACCUUGUUUUGCGCCAAUGUCGGCGAUUCGCGAGCGGUUAUCGGUCGAGAAGACGAGAAUAUCAGUCGCUCUGAACAUUUGUCGCAGGGCUCGGAUGGAUCACUGUUAAUUGAGGCGGGCGUGGCACUUCCACCGGUACAUCCUCCCAAGAACAGUGAUAAGAAACGCAAAGCACGUCAUAUUCCGUCACGACAAGCCGCGUAUGUGCCAGUCGCCCUUUCGAUCGAUCAGAGACCUUGCAGACCAGACGAGAAAGCGCGACUACUCGCGGCCGGGGCUCGCGUCGAUGCCUGGGAAGGCGUGGGUGAAGGCGAAGAACGAGUCUGGCUACCUGAAGCUCGCACGCCAGGACUUGCAGUUUCUAGGACUUUCGGAGAUUUGCUGGUCAAAGACUACGGAGUGACAUGCGUGCCCGAAGUUUAUUCGAUGGAAUUGAGUGCAGAUGACAGGUUUUUGAUCAUGGCCAGUGAUGGGGUUUUUGAGUUUAUCUCUAACCAGGAAGUUGUGAACCUCGUUGGGAAGUGUCGAGAUCGCGCAACUGCACAGGAGGCAGCUGAAGAGGUUGUCAAAUUGGCAUGGCAGCGGUGGAUCGACGACGACUCAGUGAUUGAUGAUAUAUCUUGCGUUGUAGUUUACAUGGAUGUGCUUGCACCAGAAGUUUCUGGGCCAAGAGAUCCCAUAUUAUUGGAUGCCACUUGUGGAGUACAAGAAAGAGUGAAUGAUGUUGGACAUUCCCGCAGUGCAAGAACUCUAAAUUCGAGUCGGAGCUGGCCGAAUGGACUCGAACUCAUCACGCGAUCCUCAGCGGAAGUUUCAUUGCACAAAGAACUGAAAAAGUCAUGCAGCCUAGACAUAGACGUCGAUGCAACGGUGCGUGCUGGUGAUGGUCUGUUUGGGACUGAUCAUGAAGGCGAACAUACAAAUGAUUCGGCGAAGGAUGAAAAUAGAUCGACUGAAGGUCAAGGCACCCCAGAGCACGAGGCAGAUGAUGAGGAAUUUAGAGAGUAUCGUACAUAA